AUGUUUCCCUUUUCUAAUCUCAAGAUGGUUUUGCUCUUUGGUUUCCUAGGCAUUGUGACAUUCAUGUCGUUCUUAGCUCCAUUGCCAACCUUCUAUUCAAUUUACAAGAAAAAAUCAUCUGAAGGAUUUCAUUCAAUCCCAUAUGUGGUUACACUUCUUAGUACGUUGUUAUUUGUAUAUUAUGGCUUCCUAAAGACCAAUGCCAUUUUUCUUAUCACAAUCAAUUCUAUUGGAUGUGUUAUGGAAGUUGCAUACCUAAUAAUGUACAUAACAUAUGCUCCUAAGAAGCUCAAGAUAUCCACUUUGGUUUUGAUACUUAUUGUUGACAUGGGAGGUUUUGGCUUGACAAUGAUAAUCACCACCUUCAUUGUGAAAGGUUCUUUCCAUGUUCAAGUUGUGGGGAUGAUUUGUACUAUUUUCAACAUUGGAAUGUUUGCUGCUCCUUUAAGUAUAAUGAAGAAGGUGAUAAAAACAAGAAGUGUAGAGUACAUGCCAUUUCCAUUGUCAUUGUUUCUUACUAUCUGUGCCACCAUGUGGUUUUUCUAUGGCUUCUUUGACAAGGAUAAGUACAUUAUGCUGCCAAAUGGGUUGGGAUUUUUAUUAGGCGUCUCUCAAAUGAUCUUAUACCUCAUAUACAAGAAUGCUAAGAAUAAUGUAGAAGCUAGUUCAACUAAUCAGCUCCAAGAACAUGGUUGUGAUGGUGGCAAUAAUCAGAUUUUCCCUACAGUGGUUGAAAUGAAAGAGAUCAAUAUAGUUUAG